UAUAGGCAAGGCCAGGCAUGAAGAUGCCUAGGCAAGUAUUUUUACUUGUCUGGGUCCUGAUCGUGCUCUGUUCUUGCAUCAACCAUGUUUGUCGAGGCCAAGAUUACGACGAUGACACCACCCCAGCCGCGCCACCCCCGGAGCAAGAGGACUGCAACGGGAUAUUUCUCAUGUACAACUUCAUCGAGAGGAUCAAGGAGUACCCACACGUGAAGAACGCGACGGCCCAGGCAUGGGCCUUCAAGUCGCAGAUGACCGUGCUGAACGCGGGGUUGGAGGAGCUCAAGGCAUGGAAGGUGUUUGUAGGGUUCCAGCACAAUGAGGUCCUGGUGAGCGCGAGUGGAGCCGUGUCGAUUGACGGAGAAGAUUUGCCCGCGAAAGUCGGGAACAACGGGACCACAUUGGCUGGUUACCCCCAGGCCGAUCUGAAGACUUCUGUUGACACAGCAGGGGAUAUCUAUCAGAUUCAGGCCAAGAUUGAAUUCACAGGGACCCAGUUCGGCGUGAAACCGCCGGGUGUCCCAAUGCCAAAGAUGAUCCGGCUUGAGAACGAUGGGUACAAGUGUCCCGCUGCUCGUCGCCGUGGUACAAACACAAUGCUUGUGUGCUGUGUCAAGGACAAGAAAAAAAAGGUCAAGCAGACGAAGAACAAGUUCUUGCCUCGCCAGUACGGUGAUCUCACCUUCACAUACGACGUACUGCAAGCCUAUUCGGGCAACUAUCUUGCCCAGGUGACGAUCGACAACAACCACCCAUUAGGCCGUCUCGACCAUUGGAACUUGACAUGGGAAUGGAUGAGAGGAGAGUUCAUCUACUCCAUGAGAGGAGCCUACACCCACAAGAAGGACCCGUCGGAGUGUAUCUAUGGUGCCGCGGGGCAAUACUACAAGGACUUCGAUUUCUCUCAGGUCAUGAACUGCGAAAAGAAGCCCAUCAUCGCCGACCUGCCUGCUGAUAGAGCCAAUGACACGCAAGUCGGGAAACUACCCUACUGUUGUAGGAACGGCACUAUUCUUCCGGCUUUCAUGGACGAGAGCAAAUCGAGGUCCAUCUUCCAAUUGCAGGUCUAUAAGAUCCCUCCAGACAUGAACCGUACUGCUCUAACUCCUCCGCAGAGGUGGAAGAUUGAUGGCGUGCUAAAUCCGGAGUACAAGUGCGGCGCACCUAUUAGAGUGGACCCUACACAAUUUCCUGACCCGAGCGGGCUUCAAGCUACAUCUUCGGCGAUUGCGAGCUGGCAAGUGAGUUGCAACAUCACGAGGCCCAAGGCCAAAGAGUCCAGGUGCUGCGUUUCAUUUUCGGCAUAUUACAACGAGUCAGUCAUCCCUUGCAAUACUUGUGCUUGUGGCUGCGAGAACACCGACAGGUGCAACCCGAACGCACAUGCAAUGCUUCUUCCUCCGGAGGCUAUUCUCGUGCCGUUUGAGAACAGAACAGCGAAAGCAAAAGCCUGGGCUAAGAUCAAACACUUUCCCAUCCCGAACCCUAUGCCGUGUCCGGACAAUUGCGGGGUCAGCAUCAAUUGGCACAUUAACUCUGACUACAAGCAAGGAUGGACUGCUCGUAUUACGCUCUUCAAUUGGGACGACUACCCUUUCGAAGACUGGUUCACGGCGAUACAGAUGAAGAAAGCCUUCCGCGGCUACGAAAAGGUGUAUUCGUUUAACGGAACCAAGCUUCCGGAAGCUAACAACACCAUCUUCUUCCAAGGCACACCUGGGAUGAAUUACCUGGUGGGCGAAACCAACGGAACCAACCCCUUGGUUGAUCCGAGGGUGCCUGGAAAGCAGCAGUCGGUCAUAUCUUUCACGAAGAAAACUACUCCAGGCAUUAACAUACUGCGGGGCGACGGGUUUCCCUCGAAGGUGUUCUUCAACGGGGAGGAGUGUUCGCUUCCUUCCAGUAUCCCACUUCGUAGUUCAGGUUACCGAUUCGGUACCAAUUCUCUGCCAGUUGUAGUCAUCGGGAUUGUGACUUUCUUGCUGAUGACAGAGCUCUUCCAUUGACGAUUUGUUUGCCUGUUCUUGUGGAGACCCUGUUCCUCCAAAUAUCGUUCGACCUCGUGAUAAAUAUGGUGAUUGAUUUUAACUGUUAAAAGAAAGAAAGAAAGAAACAAAGGUGAAGCUGAUCUCGCGGUCUCUCGUACGUAUGGUUGUUUUUGUUUGCUGCCGGAAGUGAGAGGAGGAUGUGUCCUAGUCUUUUGAUUGGUUUUGUAGAUUCAUGUACCGACAAGGCGUCGCUUGUAGUAUACAUUGGUUUGAUUCUCAAAUGAAAGAGAGUUAGGGUGUAACAAGUUCAA